GUGGAUCGCGCAUGAAAGAAAAAUGGGGGGAACAAGAGAGAAAGAUAGAGAUGCAGAACGUCUUAUACCACUUACCAAAUUAGGCGGAGGAGGGUUCUCAGAGAUUGACGGUUGUGAUGGCGAUUCGUCGCCAGCCGAAUCGUCAUCGUGCUCUUCUCCUUCUCAUAAUUCCGGCAAAGAGGCAUUUGUCAAAGUCAUUCGCAGUUGGGCUUCCAAAAAAUUCAUGACGGGAUGUGUCAUUUUAUUUCCUAUAGCCAUCACAUUUUACGUGACUUGGUGGUUCAUUCAUUUUGUGGAUGGAUUCUUCUCCCCAAUCUAUCAUGUUCUUGGAAUUAAUACAUUUGGCCUCGGAUUCUUCACAUCUAUUGGUUUUAUCUUUUUGGUUGGUGUGUUCAUGUCAUCAUGGUUAGGCGCCUCUCUGCUCAGCUUAGGGGAGUUUAUAAUACAGAGGAUGCCUUUCAUGAGCUACAUUUACACUGCCUCCAAACAAAUUAGUUCAGCAAUUUCCCCUGGUGAAGGUUCACAAGCGUUUAAAGAAGUAGCGAUUAUAAGGCAUCCAAGUGCUGGAGAAUACGCAUUUGGAUUCAUAACAUCAACUGUUAUAUUGCGUAAGAAUACAGGGGCUGAGGAGUUAUGUUGCAUCUAUGUGCCAACCAAUAACCUUUAUAUCGGAGAGAUAGUUCUUGUCAAUUCAAAAGAUGUUAUGAAGCCUAACAUCUCAGUUCGAGAAGGUAUAGAGAUUGUAAUAUCGGGAGGCAUGUCGAUGCCAGAGAUGUUAACCACGCUGGAUUCUAAAACAACAUUGGCUCCAAGAAGUGGAAAGUAUGCUGUUCCAAAAGUAUGAUACAAAUGUGUAUCCUUUUUGAUCCAAUUUAAAGCCAUGUUCAGGUGUUUAUACUCUUGAAAAUGCAAGAAUGGACUAAAUGGAACGAUGAGAAUACAAACUGGCUGUUUUUACUUUUAGGGUCUUUUUGGUUGUAUAAUUGGUUGUAAGUUGUAACUAGUAAUUAGUAGCAACAUUGUCACCUCCCUUUAAGAUAGU